GUUGCAGCUGUUUUGCUUUUGGCCGGAGCUUGAAGGUCUAUUCCUUUUCUAUCCUACAUUAUGACCCUUUGCUGCAACCUGUUCUUUCCAAAAGCCUGAGUCCUUUUCCAUUCAUGCCAGGCUAUGAUUGUUAUGAUAUCCAUGAUCCAUGACCCUUGAACGAUGGAACUUUUGAUCCCGAUAGUCAUCGCGUCUAUCCUGGAUUGUGGGGCCCUGUUGUUGUGCGGGCAUCUUUCUCUUGCGUGUAUGCGCGGUUCAGCCAGUACGGCCGGGCCGACUCCAAUGAUACAAGAUACACGUCUCACUUCCAGGCAUGUUGUUAUUCCGGUCCAUCUCUUACUAUCUCCAUUUUUCAAGGAGGGGGUCGUCCUGGGAGAAAUGAACAAUGAGGAAUACAUCACGUCUUCUCAAUGCCGUAAAUCUAAUCACGUCGACCUGAGCGAGAACAGACAGGACAGACUCUGGCUAGUGAAUAAUCCCCAUAUCUAGACACCCGGCACGAAUAGUACUAUAAGCACGUAUAUUCAUAAUCUCUAUAAAUCAUAUCAAAACAAGACACAACCCUCCACCCCCUAUCCACCAAAGCGCAUCAUCUAUUUACUUAUUCAUUCAUUACAUUACAAUAACCGCAAAAGCUCCAGAU